AUGAAAAGAGAAUUUAAAGUGGUUAAUGGCGCCGGUCGAAGUGGAGCCUUUCUGGCGCUGGACGCGAAUCUGGAGUUGAUGAAGAAAACUGGUCAAUUGGACGUGUUCGAGUAUGCAAAAACGCUUGUCAAUGCGCGAUCUCAUUUAAUCGAUUCGGUCGAUCAGUACAUGUUCAUCUAUGAUGCCCUGGCUGAGGCAGUUUUGUGUAACGUGGCGCCGAUUGCGAUGUGCGAGCUGAAAGAUCGCUCAACGAUGUAUAAAGCGAAGAAAGAUCGGCAACAGAUCGAGUCACAGGACAACCACGAGAACAAGUUGUUGCUGACGUUGACGCCAACGCUACGAAUCGGCGACUGCGCUGGUGGGCAUCGUUUGGAGAAUCGCGGGAAAAAUCGAGACGUCAUGGUGGUGCCGCCUGAUCACGCGCGGCCUUACUUGCAAACAUUACACGGUGAGAGCAAGGAUUACACGUAUAUUAAUGCCGUUGAAGUGGAUGGAUUCACAAGAAAGAGUGAGUUCAUUGUGACCGAGUGGCCGAAACAGGCGACGAUUGACUCGUUUUGGACGCUGAUCUACGAUCACUCUUGUCAUACAGUCGUCAAUCUCAGCAAUCAGGGCAAUAAUAAGCAAUUCCCGACUUUCAUCCACAACAAGGGGAAACACAACUAUGGUCCGUUUAUCGUUGAAGUUUUAAACUAUCAUCAAUAUCCGCAAAUGACUUCACAUAUGGUGAAAGUAAUGAAAAGACCAAGCACCCAAGCGCCACACAAAACCUCGAGUUUGGCGAAUCUCUUCAAAAAGGAGCAACCGAUGAAAGUGCCGACGAUCGAGGGUCAUCCAGCUUUUGCGCCACCGCCAAGGACUGUCCCUAUUGGACAAAGCUUUCGAUUCAAGCCAGAAUACCGGGGAAGAUAUCGACGGAAAAGUGUUGAACGCUCGGAUUCGAGGAUUUCCCGGUCGAGCUCAAAGUCGAGACGCGAGAAAUCAGCAACGAAAUGGCUGCUACCGUCGGGGAAAAGGAAAGCCGCGAAAUCGGCUGAUGCACGUCCACGAAGAUCGAUCGUUGAUGUGAACGAUUUGUUUAAGGAGAAAGGAAUGUCCGAUAUCAAGCGUUUGAUGAACGUGCGAAAGAAUAAAUCCGAGGAAACAUCGAAACAAAUCGAGAAAUUGACAUUCAUGAUCUCGGAUAUCAUGUCGAGUGGACAGAGUCAGCAACAAAUGGAGGCUGAGGUGCGCAUUUGUUGCGUUAUUCAGGUCCGAAUGUGGCCGAUCGAGCACAAAGUUCCAUUGUCGACGACCGGAUUGAUAGAUGUGAUAAAAAUGGCGCGCUCGUGGCGAAAGAGAGCGCCGGAUAGGCCUGAGACGAAGCCGACGAUCGUUAUGUCACAUAAUGGAGUGUCUCGUUGUGGGAUUUACAUCGGCGCCAACAUUUGCAUCGAUCAAAUGGAUAUGGAUCAUGAGGUGGACGUUUUCCAUGCGGUGAAACUGAUGCGAAUAAAUCGACCUCAGCUGAUCGAUAUGAAGGAUGAAUACAAAUAUUUGUACGAUGUGAUGUUGCAUUGGUACAUGACGAACCCGGAGUAUCGACAAUUCGAUAAAGAGGAUCCGAUUCGGGGCGGAGAGGAGAGUGCACACUCGAGUCGACAUGCCUCCAAUAGGAAUUCGCUCAAAUUCGGCUCUCGUGGCAGCAGCGUUCGGGAACGAUCGCUGCGUGACUCACGAAAGGAGAACAAUUCUCAUGGGAAUCACUCGAACAACAUUCUCUCGAGACUCUCAAAUCGA